CUUUUAUGAAUAAUCAAAAGCCGCAGAAGCCGACGCUAUCAGGCCAGCGUUUUAAAACUAGAAAAAGAGAUGAAAAAGAGAGGUUUGACCCUACCCAGUUCCAGGACUGUAUUAUUCAAGGUUUAACCGAAACUGGCACUGACUUGGAGGCAGUAGCAAAGUUUCUUGAUGCUUCUGGUGCAAAACUUGACUAUCGCCGCUAUGCAGAAACGCUUUUUGACAUCCUGGUGGCUGGUGGAAUGCUGGCCCCAGGUGGUACCCUGGCAGAUGACAUGACACGCACAAACGUCUGUGUAUUUGCAGCACAGGAAGACCUAGAAACCAUGCAAGCAUUUGCUCAGGUUUUUAACAAGUUAAUCAGGCGUUACAAGUACCUGGAGAAAGGCUUUGAAGAUGAAGUAAAAAAGUUGCUGCUGUUUCUGAAAGGGUUCUCAGAGUCUGAGCGGAACAAACUGGCUAUGUUGACGGGGAUUCUGCUAGCCAACGGGACACUUAAUGCAUCGAUUCUCAACAGCCUUUACAAUGAGAACUUGGUUAAAGAAGGUGUUUCUGCAGCUUUUGCAGUGAAGCUGUUCAAAUCAUGGAUAAAUGAGAAAGAUAUUAAUGCAGUGGCUGUCAGUCUUCGUAAAGUAAACAUGGAUAACAGGCUGAUGGAACUCUUCCCAGCUAACAAACAAAGUGUUGAACAUUUCUCCAAGUACUUCACUGAAGCAGGACUAAAAGAACUUUCUGAGUAUGUUCGGAACCAGCAAACUAUAGGAGCUCGGAAGGAGCUGCAGAAAGAACUUCAGGAACAGAUGUCACGGGGAGAUCCAUUCAAGGAUAUAAUCUUGUAUGUGAAGGAGGAGAUGAAGAAAAACAACAUCUCAGAACAGACUGUGGUAACCAUCAUCUGGUCAAGUGUAAUGAGUACAGUGGAAUGGAACAAAAAGGAGGAGCUGGUAGCAGAGCAAGCCAUUAAGCACUUGAAGCAAUACAGUCCUCUACUUGCUGCCUUUACUACCCAAGGUCAGUCAGAGCUGACUCUUCUGUUGAAGAUUCAGGAGUAUUGUUAUGAUAACAUUCACUUCAUGAAAGCCUUCCAGAAAAUAGUGGUGCUCUUCUAUAAAGCUGAAGUUCUGAGUGAGGAACCCAUCCUGAAGUGGUAUAAAGAUGCACAUCUUGCAAAAGGAAAGAGUGUUUUUCUGGAGCAAAUGAAAAAGUUUGUUGAAUGGCUCAAGAAUGCUGAAGAAGAGUCGGAGUCUGAAGCCGAAGAGGGUGACUGACCUGUGAACCUCUGUCCUCAGUAAAGCAAACAGGAGCUGUAGAUGAGUGUCAUGUCUUGUGUGUCCUGAUUCUUGCAUCCUACCUCCCUGUAUCAAGCAUGAUAUAAGGGCUCUCAUGGCAAUUUCUUUUAAUUGUUUUCUAUAGUUACUGAAAUACUGGGUUUAGUUUUUAAAAACACAUUUUAAGUAGCUUACAGGAGCUGUUAUAGAUUUUACUCUUAACCUGCAUUUGUCCUUUCAGUUAUAUUCUACCUCCUGUAUUUUCUACUGUAAUAAUGUAAUUUAAGGCCUUCCACAAUGAAAUCCAUUUUACCCUUUGAGUUUUCUAUCUCUAGUUGAGUAGACAUGAUACGGUGAAUGACAUUUAUGGCAGUUCUGUUUGCAAAUUAAACUGUAAAAAGCCUAUAAAGUGAAGAGGCUGUGGCUUGUUUGGUAACUUGGUGUCACUUCAAUCCGUACCGCUUGCUCUAAAUAUCCCCAUUCACAGGUGGUUGUCCAUCUCCCCAAGGACUCCUUCAUCUCAUUACUGUACUUCCAGCAUAAAGCAAUCCUUUAUUCCAAGUACUGGGUGAGAUGGCUGCCCUGCUUCUGUGAGCUCAGCAUCCUGCUGUAGAGAGACCAUUCUCGUGAAGAGUGACCAUGGUGAGAGUGUUAAGAAUGACAUCUCUGCACCUGCUGGCUGUCACAGCCAGGGGCUGCCAGGCAGCUGGGCACCAGUUUUGGGAGUCUCCUGGAAGAGAGAAUGGUUCAUAUCCAGCUGCCCAGCAGCUGUGUACAUUCCUGGCAGCAGGGCAGGAGGCUGCUGGCAUAUGCUGCUCAGUACUUGUGACUGACAGAAGGUAAGGCAGACAUAACUAUCCUCUCACACUGAAGUUUAGAGAUUAUUUUAUGCUGGCACAUGGCAGGUUAAACCAAAGUUUAUCUGCUCCCCAAAACCUUGAAUUCUUAAUUGAAAUUUGAAGGACAGCUCAUAAUUCAAGAAAGAUUUGGUGGAAGAGUGGUCUGGACUGUUGUAAGCUAACAAUGAGCAUUAACUGAAAUACUGGUAACCAGAGUACACUUAAUUAAUUAAAAAAAAUAAAUAGAUUAUCAUAAUGCAAUCUUUUCAAUACUACAGUAAUCUUUCUUUGUAACUUUUUUUUUUUUUAAACAAAUAAAGGCCAUUCUUGCA